GGAAGCGGAAGCGGCUCGCGCCCCACCCCCGGCCCCGCCCCGUGCCGCGCCGCCUCGCUCCCCACAGGGAUAGGACUGACGUGUCUUUCAGCGGAGGUGCUGCGCUCCGGAGAGGGCGCCGUCUCCUUACUUGGAGCGGAGCGAAGCCGAAGCGGGACGCCGACCCGGAGCAGCCGCCGCCGCCAUGGCGAUCAAAUUUCUGGAAGUCAUCAAGCCCUUCUGUGUUAUCCUGCCGGAAAUUCAGAAGCCAGAGCGGAAGAUUCAGUUUAAAGAGAAAGUGCUAUGGACAGCCAUCACCCUCUUUAUCUUCUUAGUAUGCUGCCAGAUUCCCCUGUUUGGUAUCAUGUCUUCAGAUUCAGCCGACCCUUUCUACUGGAUGCGAGUGAUUCUAGCCUCUAACAGGGGCACACUGAUGGAGCUAGGCAUCUCUCCCAUUGUCACCUCUGGCCUGAUCAUGCAGCUCUUGGCUGGGGCCAAGAUCAUUGAAGUUGGCGACACCCCAAAAGACAGAGCUCUCUUCAAUGGUGCCCAAAAGUUGUUUGGCAUGAUCAUCACCAUCGGCCAGUCCAUCGUGUACGUCAUGACAGGGAUGUACGGGGACCCCUCUGAGAUGGGUGCCGGCAUCUGCCUUCUCAUCACCAUCCAGCUCUUUGUUGCUGGUUUGAUAGUCCUACUUUUGGAUGAACUCCUACAAAAAGGGUAUGGCCUGGGCUCUGGCAUCUCCCUUUUUAUAGCCACCAACAUCUGUGAGACCAUCGUCUGGAAGGCCUUCAGCCCCACCACUGUCAACACUGGCCGAGGCAUGGAGUUUGAAGGCGCCAUCAUUGCGCUCUUCCACCUGCUGGCCACGCGCACAGACAAAGUCCGAGCUCUGCGAGAGGCCUUCUACCGCCAGAACCUCCCCAACCUCAUGAACUUGAUUGCCACCAUCUUCGUCUUCGCUGUGGUCAUCUACUUCCAGGGCUUCCGGGUGGACCUGCCUAUCAAGUCCGCACGAUACCGAGGCCAGUACAACACCUAUCCAAUCAAGCUCUUCUACACCUCCAACAUCCCCAUCAUCCUGCAGUCUGCUCUGGUGUCAAACCUAUACGUCAUCUCCCAGAUGCUAUCAGCGCGUUUCAGUGGCAACCUGCUUGUCAGCUUGUUGGGCACCUGGUCUGACACGUCCUCCGGAGGCCCAGCGCGUGCUUACCCAGUCGGUGGCCUGUGCUACUACCUGUCCCCCCCAGAGUCAUUUGGCUCCGUGCUGGAGGACCCAGUCCAUGCGGUGGUGUACAUCGUGUUCAUGCUGGGCUCCUGCGCCUUCUUCUCCAAGACCUGGAUCGAGGUCUCGGGCUCCUCUGCCAAAGAUGUUGCAAAGCAGCUAAAGGAGCAACAGAUGGUGAUGCGGGGCCACCGAGAAACAUCCAUGGUCCACGAGCUCAACCGGUAUAUCCCCACCGCUGCAGCCUUCGGCGGGCUCUGCAUUGGGGCUCUCUCGGUCCUGGCUGACUUCCUGGGUGCCAUCGGGUCUGGAACCGGGAUUCUGCUGGCAGUGACCAUCAUCUACCAGUACUUCGAGAUCUUCGUGAAGGAGCAGAGUGAGGUCGGCAGUAUGGGUGCACUUCUGUUCUGAGCGGGAGGCCGUGAGCCGCCGGAAGGAGCCCCACCACGGAGCGUGCUGCCCGUGGCAUAUGGACUUGUGUUUAAUGAUGGGUUUUUAAUUUCAUAUUUUUUCAUUCCACUGUGUAAAGUGCUAGAAAUUUUCUAAUUUGAAAUUUUGCUUUUAGUUUUCCAGCACUGGCAAAAAAUUAUAGAAGGAAGUGUUUGUUCACUGGCCACCAGAACUGGGGUGGUAAGCAACUGUCCCCAAGUGUCCAUGUCACUUUUGUCUGAACCCUUGCCACUGAAGGGGUCCUUACUGUCCCCCAUGCAGGUGGGCAGUGACCCACUCUGGUUGGAAGCACAAACACUGAAACCCGUUCAGGCAGCAGGUGACCUCUGUCACCCAGGAGAGCCUGGCUUAAGACUGUUCUUUACAAGACUCCACUGUCCCCUUUCUAAAACAGGGUCUUAAGGCAGAGCUUCUCCUCGGAGGGACGUGUUCCCCAGAACUUGCUGCACGCAUCAUGGGUCCUCCCGGACAGUGUGCCAAGCAGGUGUCGGGGUUCAGAACAGGCUGCCCGGUCCUGGCACUGUCUGUUGUCUCUGCUGUCUGUGGUUGUGCUCACUCUUCCCCUCAGUCCCCAGGGAAGGGAUCCCUUAUAGCCACCACCAGACACAAAAGGGAGAGGCUCAGUGUUCAGCCACUUCCACUUCCACUCUGUAGUUAGAUGCAGACAAGCAGGUGACAAGACUCCACAAGUCUCCCCCAGGCCUUCACCAGGUCCAUGAGCAGGGAGAAAAUAUGCAGGCCAGGGGUCAUGGUCCAGCUGGGUGGGAUCCUGGGGACAUUGCUGCAGUUUGAUUGAAGACUUACAAUCAUGUCUGAAGUGCACUCUGCCUGGGAGGACAGGCAACAAGGAUGACAGGGCAAAGCCUCCUAGGCUCAGGGAGGGACCAGAAUAGGCUCUGGGCUGACUUUAGCCACAAGUGGGACCAGGGCUCCUGGCAAAGGGCACACAGCACCCUCUCGGGCUUUGUCCUGUCUAGUUCCUGGCUGGCGGUACUGGGUGGCAACAGCACGGGCCAGGUGGGCAGGGCAGGGCCCUCCCCAAAGCCAGGACUCAAAUCAGUGGCAGUGAACCCACCACACUCGUUCCACAGCGGGCUGUUUGCGUAACUAAAAGCCCUAAGAGGUUCGCGUCACUGCAUACACCAUAUCACAUGUGGCCUUGUCAGACCCAGUCCUGAACAGCCACUCCUGUGCCCUGCGCCACCGCAACCACGGCCGGGCCGGGCUCACCUGCGGUUGGCGGUCGCAAGGCGGGUGGGGGCUGAUCCCAGCUUCCAGGGGACUGUCACUGUGGACGCCAAAAUGGCACAACUGAGAUACAGUGAAUAUGUGAUGAAUAAAGCCAACUUUUUACAA